AUGUAUAGAGCACAGCCAUACCUACCAAUUAGCAUACUUCGAGACCUGACCAACAGUCCCGAAUCCAGUUUCCCGAAAGCCAAACGCUUCGCCAGCAGUAGAUCUGAGCUUUAUCAACAAGUAUCUGGAAACGAUUUCUCUGGCCAUUGGAUCUGCAAAGGCUGUCCGGGAAAGCCAACCAAAGCGUCCGCUGCCGACUUGGUAAUCUACUAUCUCCAUGGCGGAGCUUAUCAAAUCGGUCAUCCAGCGUCUGCAAUUGCACCAUUCUUACGCAUCGCCGAACUUGCAGACAAACAAGGAAUCUCAGUUGCUGUGUUUGCACUGGACUACUCUCUUGCUCCCGAAGCACAGUAUCCCACUCAAGUCAAUCAAGCGAGAGCUGCAUAUCGCUACUUGCUGAACGAUCAAAACGUCGAUCCUUCCAAGCUUGCCAUAGUCGGCGAUUCAGCAGGCGCGCAUCUAAUACUCAAUCUACUUUCUGUCUUGGCAGAUGAGAAGGCACUUUCAAAGCCCGGCGCUGGUGCAUUCCUGAUCGCUCCUUGGAUCGACAUACGCUGUGCGAAAGACGGCUCCUACGUUCGCAACAAGGACAACGAUUACUUACUCCGCGAUCGGCUCAUCAAGGCUGGUGAGCAAGUCAUGCCACGCAAACAUGACGCGACAGCAUCACACAUUAUCAACUUCUCUCUACCACGGCCAAAGCAGUCUUGGGCAGAUAUCCUACCCAGCAAAGUAUGGGUAGGUAUAGGAUCCAAUGAUGUACUUCUAGACGAUGCUGUGGCUUUUGUCAAGCAGGCAAAAGCUGAUGGGGUCGAUGUGGAGCUUGAUAUUGACGAGGGCAAAGUCCAUGAUUGGCAGAUUGUUGAGGAUAUCUUUGACACGGACAAUUAUUUUGCGACCAUUGGUGAGCUGCCAAAAGGGAUGAUGAAAGGCGCUGCGGAGAUUGCUAGGGCUAUCUUCUCGGAGGCGUCUCGUUGA